UUUGAAGACGCAAUUUUACUUAAAGGCUGACGUAAAUGAACGGUCCAGACGACUUGCCCUUACAACACUACAGUGCCACACCGGACGCCACCAAUUGCAGUAUCAUAUCGAUUAUACCCACCUUAGGCAUGUCAUCAUGUAGGGGACGGGCUGAGGCAUUUGCACGCCGUUUAUCUUCCAAAUUGCGCACAUUAGGCUCACAGGGUGACGAAAGCGAUCACUCGGUAGAGGAUGAGCCUAUUAUGGCAAAUGGCGAAACGGCCAACACCUGGGUAACAGGCCAUGAGGGCGAACAGACGGUUACAGAUUUACAACCACUGAGACAUGAAUCGGAUUCGUUUUUUGAUUUCGAUUGUGAGAGCCCUGGCAGCCCGGUCGAUGAAUGUGAAUAUUUAAGACUUAUAGAAUCUACUUCAAAUACUCCCCACAAUUCGGCAGCAGAAUCCGGGUACGCCUGCGCUUCUGCGGCCAGCUCUCAUAGUUCCUCUGAUGGUCCUUACUUUGAUGUUAAUUCCGAGAGUGAUACCAGCCAACAGCAAAAAACACAUAUAUGUCAGACACACAAUCACAACGGCGAUCACGAAGGGGAUGCGGAAGGGGGAGAUUGCGAUGAGGUGGACUUUCAUAAGAUAGUCAAAGUUGAAGAUCACUCACCGCUAUGCAAUGGCCAUGACAGUGGCGUUUUUACAGCUCCAUCCCCACCCACAUUGUCUAAAGAGAAUUCAACAUCGCCGAUCUCCUCGGAAUCUCAGCACAUAUGCAAGAAGCCACUGCCCAGCGAAGGGCCCGACAUUAACGUGGACCGCCAUGGCAAUCUUAUAGUACUAAAGAAAGAGAAUAGUAUGACUUCGGCUAUUCAAGAGGGGAUUUUGCAGGAGUUGAGAAAACAGUCGAAAGACUUUACUGUAGAGCAGGAGGAGAACAAAAAGAAUUUACAAACAGCUGAAACAGAGGGUGUGGCCAAGGAGAACGAGGAAAAUCUUUGUAAAGUUACACACACACUCAUUAAUGGCCAUGCGGAAAAUGGCGAAGAGGUACUGCAAAUUGAAGUCUGCGAAAUUAAGGAGCCCUGCGAAGAACACAGCGAAAGCUUGGAAACUCAAACUAAAGUCGAUUUGGAAACACAUAGUGGAGAUGUAAAAGCUGAAAGUCCUCAAACAGAACAAACAGUCAGAAAUAGCAAGAGCCAGCUUUUAAAUACUUCACACCUAGACACUACGGAUGAUGAGGAUGACUGUCGUCCCCAGAGAGUGCGACGUUGCUCUUCAUUAAAAACUGGAAAAACACCUCCUGGAACUCCGGGUCGCAAAAAAAUUGUACGUUUUGCCGAUGUCUUGGGCUUGGAUUUGGCUGAUAUUAAAACGUUCCUUGAUGAAAUACCUACGAUACCCAAGUCGGCCUAUGAAGAUUUGGAAAUCGCCGAUUCCGAGCCGCCCAUACAAUUGGGACCCAAGUCUGAUAAACUUCUAAUGCCUUUGUUCCAGCAGCCCGGUGCUUUGGCGAGCUUCCUUGAUGUUGUGCGUGAAAAACUGGUGUCACUAGAAAAUGCCGCCGUUACAGAUACUAUAAAUCACACAAUCACUGGAACAGUUCGAGUGCGAAACUUAGAUUUUCAUAAAUCAGUGCACAUUCGUUACACCCUGGACGGCUGGCGCAGCUUUGCCGAUCUACAGGCAAAUUAUGUGGACAAUACCUGUGAUGGUUUCUCUGACAAAUUCUCAUUCGUUCUAUUUGGAAAUUCAUUGCAUGUGGGACAACGUCUGGAAUUUGCGGUACGUUUUUCGUGUAAAGGACAACAGUAUUGGGAUAAUAAUUACGGAGCCAAUUAUUGUUUUCAAUGCUUGCCAACGGCAACAGCAACCCCAACGGCUGUAGUACCCUCACAUCAUGCAAAUAAUUUGAUAGGAGUUAUAAGUCCUACAGCUGGAGAGGCCUGGUGCACUUCCUUUUAUUGAGCAUAAAAGCGGCGGGUCAUCCAUCCACCAGCAUUGGUGUGUCAAGUCCAUAAAAAGUGGAAUGUAUAAAUAAGGCAAGGUUAGAUAUUGAGACUAUAAGAAAUUGUUGUAAGACAAGGAAAAAAACUCAAUCAAAUACAAAAAAGCAUGAGGUUAAAGGUUAUACAAUAGCACAGUUAGGGUUUGAAGAAAGCCUUUUGGGAAGUUUUUACAGUCCAAAUCGAAUCGAAUAAAACAUUUUUAGGAUGGCUCACAGUUCUACCCAUAUAACUUCUUGAGAUCUUAAAGGAAACGAAACUUUUCUCAUUUAGAUAAAAUCUAAUGUGUGAAGCUUUGUCAUGGUGUACCAAUGGGUGCAUCAUUUCGCAUAGCCCCCGAACAGUUCUUUAGACUUUACUUCUUGAUUAUUCUACUUGGCAAUAAUUUUAGGCAUUGCGCACAGACUUCUCUCAUUUCAAUGAGUGCUGGUCGAUUCACGUUAAAGCUCAAUGACAAUAAACUUAGUUUUUAUAGUCGAGUCCGAACAGCAUGCAGCUGGGCAAUAUACUUUGUAGAGAAGUUUUACAUGAUAGAACCCCAUAAAAAAUUUUGUCAGCAAAAGUAAGGCAUAGGCAACAAAUUUUUUGCUCAUCAGGAUUCGAACUCAGACUUUUGACGUCGUAGGCGGACAAGCUUGGGUUACCUUUGGAAGCCAGUUACCAAAACCCUGUUCGAAUUCGCUAAAAUUGUACAACCCUUUAAGGAACUUGGUGUAUAUAGUGUCCAGCUUAAUCGCACAAGAGAAGGCUAAUAGACCCUUAAGGUUACCCAUCUAGUGGUUGCUCAAUGUUCUAAUAUUUUCCUGGAAAAUCAAUUUUAUUCAAAUAAGCUAGAUUCAAAGAAUUUUGUCAGUGAAGUAGCAAAAAAGUUUGCUGUGCAAAAAGAUUUUGUUUGCUAAGAAAUUGAAAGCAGUUUUGUUUGCUAUUUCUGCUGAGCAUAUCAUUUGCUGUUGCGGUAGAGGUUCGGUUGGGUUGAAAAAAAGAUGCGGGUUUUAAUAUGCCCCAUGCUACUAUGGACAUACACCUUUGCAAGUAAUCGGCUUAUAAUGCGCUCUAAAAACUGAAAAGUAACCUUGAAUAAUAAUCUUGCUCGCGAAAUCUCUUAUCGUAAUCCUUUAUAUGACUCUCCAAGUUGAUUUAGGCCUAUGUAUCGGAGUUUGUAAGCCGGACUGUAGGUUUCUCAAUCACCAAAUUUACUGAUGAUAGCCCUCUGGCCCUUACAGCCUAGUCAUUUGAACUCUCGUUCUCCUUAAUACCGUACCACCUCGUUCUUUUAGCUUAGAUAGUCUUGUUGAUUCGGCUAGUGGAAAAAAUAUUCUCUCAUAGCCAAUUAAAGUAAAGUAAAGAUUCUUGUAAAUUGACCGACUAGAUGGCAAUACAAGUGCUAGGAGAAGUGCUUCAAAUCGCCUUGUCUGCGAAAAGAACAACUUCUCUGAACUUAAAGUAAAGAUCUUAUGUUGGGCUUCUUCCACAUCAACGUCCACCAAACUGGAAAAGCGAAACUAAUGUUUGGUCAAAUUACGCCCCGCUGAGUCUGUGGACUAACCCAACUGUAAUUAAUUAUGAAUAUACCAAAAAUGCUACUAAAAGAUUAACCACUAUUCAUUGUGCUUGGGCAUCUGUUUUUAAUAUUUGACAGUGACUGAAGCUUUAAAAACGGUAUUGAAGCUAUAAUAACUUAGAAUUUCACUUUUCCUCUACCUAUUCGAGCGUUUUGGAUGUUUCUGUCCAUAUAAGAUUUGAAAGAAGAGUUUUCGAUUCAGUUCCUCCAUGCGCUUUAAAAGCAAUUGCAUUACUUUGAAUACAAUUCAAAAUUACACCAUUUCUUGAAACAAAAUAAACAUAAUUUAAAUGUUUGAAUAACUGGGACAAGUGUGUAACCUUUAACCUUUUUUUUUAUAAAUUUACAAAAAAAAAACAAAUAUUUUAAUUGAAUCGCUAUUACAAUAAUGAAACCGAAAAUUUUAAAAACAAAAUUCUCAGGUUAACAGAAAUUAACAAAACGAACCCUCCAAUCGAUCCACAAACAUUUACAAAACUUUAUCAAGUGGAAUAUAGCAAUCCUUAAAAUUAAAUUUAAUGAAAUGAGCUCUUAUUUUCAUAACACAUAAAAAAAAAUUAUAAACCUUAAAGAGAUGUCGAUAUAAAAUAGUACUCGUAGAAGUGUAUAUCUCUUUGUUUAGAUAUUUAGUACUACAUACAUAUAAUUUAUAUAAUAAUUUAUUUAAAUUUUUUGUUUUUUAUUUUUUGAUUUUUUGUUUACUGAAAAUGAAAAAAGAAACUGACAAAAGCUUACUACAUUUUGUAUGACUUAGAGUUGACUUAGUAGAUUGUAUGCUUGAUGAAAUAUAUAGUACAAUAUUAAUGAAUUUUUGGGAUCUAAGUAAAACUCCUCAAGUUAAAAGAUGGCUUAAAACAAGAACUUGUGAUUUGUUAACAACUUUUAAGAGGUGUCAUAUUAUUUAUGAAUAGAAAUUUCUUUGGAGAUUUAUAUGCCACUUAAUAACAUAUUGGGAGGCCACUUUGCUUCUGGUGACAAUAUGAACCAUUUUUCAGUAGUGUGCGUCAUCUCUUAUGUGAAUGCCUGCGACAAUGUUCAUUCUCUCACCGAAAGCUGGCAUAAUAUUUGAGAAUUUUAGCGUUAUAAAACUUAUCUUGAAAUAAACAACGCCCUGCGGUAGGGUACACUCAAAUACUUUUCAUUAGAAUCCCAUAUUGUUACGUGUGGUAUGCAUGUCCCUUUGUUGCAUAAUUUUGGGGUAGGUAACUAAAAUUUUUGUAUAAAUUUGGUAUUCUACUCUCAAAUUCCUUUCGUUUGAGUCCCAUAUUGUCCCGUUCGUUGAACAUGUCCGUUUGGGGCAUGAUUUUGGGGUGGGGUGGCCAGGCCGACGAUAUAUCGCUUGAUUUUCAUUUCUAGAGCCACUGAGAGAAUAAGAUAUAGCUCUCAAUUUUCACUUAUAUCGUAGGUGUAGGGCAUUAUAAAGUCGGCACCGCCCGACUUUUGCCUUUUGUUAUUGGUUGUAUUUAAAGACAAUUUUAUUGAAAGCGCAUUUGUUUGUUCGGCAUUGAGUGAAGAACUGCUUGUACCACCUAAACUUAAAAUUGAACCGAUCGGCACAAUAUGGGACUAAAAUGAAAGAUAUUUGGAAGAUUAAACGAAUUUGAGACCAAGUCACAGAAAGCCUAUAAUAGGAAAAUUAGACUGAUCAGAACGUUAUUUCAAUCAAAUCAACGGUAUCUGACAUUAAAAAAUUUUUCACAAAGUCUCCGGAGGCCACCCAUCCUAAGAGUCGCCCUCCAAAAAGUUUGCAUACUUUUACCAGACAGUCAGAUGGUAAUUUAAGUUUUUGUUGUUGUUAUUUUCAAUUUAUAGUUACAAUCCCAACCGACCUACACUAAUAAAAAGUAUUUGUGGAAAAUUUCAAGCGGCUUGCUUUACUCCUUCGAAAUUUAGCGUACAU